AUGACACAGAGUUUAAAUAAACUAAUGAAGGAGAACGACAAACACUUGGAGGAGAGAGACGACAAGAAUCGGUUUCUGUUUCGGAUCCUUGCAGAUCUAUCUAAGAAUCACCUGACAGAAAUCCCCCCUGAAGUGUGUCUGUUCGCCCCCCUGGAGUCUCUCAACCUCUACCACAACUGCAUCAAGUGCAUCCCAGAAGCCAUCAUCAAUCUGCAGAUGCUCACCUACCUUGACAUCAGCCGAAAUCUUUUGACGGUUUUGCCAAAAUACCUGUUCAGCCUCCCCCUCAAAGUCCUGCUUGUGAGCAACAACAAGCUCGCCUCCAUUCCCGAUGAGAUUGGAAAGGCCAAAGAGUUGAUGGAGCUGGAUGUGAGCUGCAACGAGAUCCAGGUCCUGCCGGCUCAGGUGGGGAGGCUUCAAGCCUUACGGGAACUGAACAUCAGAAAGAACUGUCUUCACAUGUUGCCUGAGGCUUUUGUGAUCCCAUUUGGGUCCACUGGAGCUUAUGGCAGUGUUAACCAGCACAUCUGGGAAGAAUCUUUCAGUACUGAGUGUUACACUUCUGAUAAGGACCAGCUUGCUGAGGAAGAAGAUGAUGAGCUGAAAGAAGUGCUGGAUCUGAGGAAGAUCGCUGUCCAGCUUUUGCAGCAGGAACAACAAAACAGACGCCGGUCGUUAAUUUGCAGAGCCGAGAGUCUUAUUCACCGACGCAGAGUGACCGGCAGGGCGCACAGGUUUCUGAGUCACUCUGGGAGCUCCAGCAGCAAACAAAGACUGCCACCUCAGACUGUGCGCAGUGCUUCUCUGGAUGAGGGAAGUAGCGGAGCGUCAGUGCUGAGUGGGCAGCCUUCUUCCUCCUGCUCCUUUGAUGGAAGCUUGAAGACCGAACAGUCAGACUCAGAGCCAAAGUGGCCCGAAGUACCGCCGGUCCUGAAUCAGAACGAAGACCGCAGGCGGACCAAGUACCUGAGAAAAGACUAUCUAAAAUACAAAUGUCAGAGCGCUCGUAAGAGCUCCAGCAGCAACGACGACUCUGAGGCAAGUCUGCGCUUUGCUGAUUUCAGCACCACGUUGACAGUGUUCGGACUGAAGCCAAGAUCAGCCUUCAGCAAAGGAAACCGUCAGGACUUCAGCUCAACAGACCCCAGCUUCACCAUGAGGAGGAAGAUGGAGCACCUGCGGGAGGAACUGGAGCAGAUCGGACUCCUACGGCAGAACAUCGAGUCCAGACUGAAGGUGUUGCUUCCAGAUGAUGUUGGAGCUGCUCUGAUGGAUGGAGUCGUUCUCUGCCAUUUAGCCAAUCACAUAUCCCCCCGCUCUGUAGCCAGCAUUCAUGUCCCAUCACCUGCAGUGCCAAAGCUGAGCAUGGCAAAGUGCCGCAGGAAUGUUGAGAACUUCCUGGAUGCUUGUAAGAAGCUUGGCGUUCCACAGGACAAACUCUGUCUGCCCCACCACAUCCUGGAGGAGCGUGGCCUGGUGACGGUCGGCGUGACGGUCCAGGCUCUGCUGGACCUGCCUGCGUCCAGGUCUGCGCACCCAUUGUCCAUUUGA